GAAGAUAUCCUCUCGAGAUCGGAAAGUAUCGAAUUAAUUCAAAGAAAAAAUUGCAGAAGAAAAAUCCAAUACGGACGAAAAAUACCGAAAAUUUCGUAUUUAUAUUGAUCGAUCCAUGUCGAAUUCAUUAUCAAUCCGACUACUUUUUCCACUGCACUAAAGAGAAGAGCUCUGCAUAAAUGGCGAUUUCUAUUCCCAGUCGGCAGCUAUUCAUCGAUGGCGAGUGGAGGGAACCAGUUCUCAAGAAACGCAUCCCCAUCGUCAACCCCGCCACUGAAGAAACAAUCGGAUCUAUUCCCGCGGCUACUGCGGAAGAUGUAGAGUUAGCAGUUGAUGCUGCCCGAAAAGCUCUUGCGAGGAAUAAAGGCAAAGAUUGGGCAUCUGCUUCGGGGGCUCUUCGUGCCAAGUAUUUGCGUGCUAUUGCUGCUAAGAUAACAGAGAGGAAAUCGGAACUAGCAAAGCUCGAAACAAUAGACUGUGGAAAACCCCUGGAGGAAGCUGCAUGGGACAUUGAUGAUGUUGCUGGGUGCUUCGAGUACUAUGCAGAUCUUGCCGAAGGGUUGGAUGCUAAGCAAAAAGCUCCUGUUUCCGUUCCCAUGGAUACAUUCAAAAGCCAUGUUCUUAAAGAACCCAUUGGAGUUGUUGGGUUGAUUACUCCCUGGAACUAUCCUCUAUUGAUGGCUGCAUGGAAAGUUGCACCUGCCUUGGCUGCUGGGUGUGCUGCAAUAUUGAAGCCAUCAGAACUGGCAUCUGUCACCUGUUUGGAACUGGGCGAAAUCUGUAAAGAUGUUGGUCUUCCAUCUGGUAUUUUGAAUAUUUUGACAGGAUUUGGCCCUGAAGCUGGUGCUCCUCUAGCAUCUCAUCCUCACGUUGACAAGAUUGCUUUUACUGGGAGUUGUGCUACUGGAAGCAAGAUUAUGACAGCAGCUGCCCAACUGGUCAAGCCUGUAACUAUGGAACUUGGUGGGAAAAGUCCAAUUGUUGUUUUUGAUGAUGUCGACCUUGACAAGGCUGCCGAAUGGACGAUUUUUGGUUGCUUUUGGACAAAUGGUCAGAUUUGCAGUGCCACAUCCCGCCUGCUUGUACAUGAAAGCAUUGCUGAUGAAUUCUUGGAUAGGCUCGUGAAGUGGUGCCAGAACAUUAAGAUCUCAGAUCCUUUAGAAGAAGGUUGCAGGCUUGGCCCUGUUGUUAGUGCGGGACAGUAUGAGAAAGUUCUGAACUUCGUCUCAACUGCUGAGCGCGAAGGUGCGAAGAUUCUAUUUGGUGGAGUUCGCCCUAAGCACCUAAAGAAGGGAUACUUCGUUGAACCAGCCAUCGUUACUAAUGUUACAACCUCCAUGCAACUAUGGAGAGAAGAGGUCUUUGGACCUGUUCUAUGUGUGAAGACCUUUAGUUCUGAAGAUGAAGCUAUUGAAUUAGCAAAUGAUACAAUAUAUGGGCUAGGUGCUGCUGUAAUAUCAAAUGAUUUAGAAAGGUGUGAGCGUGUAACCAAGGCUUUACAGGCAGGAAUUGUGUGGGUUAAUUGCUCGCAACCAUGCUUCACUCAAGCCCCAUGGGGAGGCAACAAACGCAGUGGCUUUGGUCGAGAACUAGGGGAAUGGGGACUUGAUAAUUAUCUGACUGUAAAGCAGGUUACUGAGUAUGUUUCCGAUGAACCAUGGGGAUGGUACAAGUCUCCUUCUAAAUUGUAGAACACAACACGAGCCUGCCUCUCUUGCGUCAAAAAGUUGCAGAACCGUUCAGAAUAAUAAGAGCACUGCGACAAUCAACUUUGUGUAGUUGGAAGAACAACGUAGGGGAAAGAAACUCUUGCUCAAGUGUGUAGUGCUUCGCCCUGAGUUUCCUGGUUAGUUCAGUUUAGGAUGUGUUUAAGAACUCGAUGAAUCACUUGAAAACAGUAGACUGUAACUCGAUAGAAAAUGCACUUGUUGGUAGCCUCAAAAAGGAUUUUCAU